AUGACACAAGUCUCUUUGCUUGACUCGAAAAAGCUUUCGGACUUGCUUCAACAGGCUCUGGCCUGGCGGGACGCUGUAUCGUCUUUAAUGGUCUCUGCCACCAAUGGAGCGGUACUGGCGUAUGCAUUUCGUGAUGGCACGCCAACGAUGAAGGAGAUCAGGUCCCUAUCUACAACUACAACGACUGCUUAUACGGUUGCGUCCGAGGACGUGCUCGUUUUCGAGGCGCAGCUGUCGAGAGCGCUUUCUGUGCUCGCCCCAAUCGCCGACCACAUUCUUCUUGCCGUGCAAGGACCGGAUCGAAGGCGUAAGCCUCGUGAAGAUGGGAUCACAAAUGCAUCGGCAAUCAAUGGCAGCAAUGCUCAAGGAGAUGGGGAACAAGAACAGGUGGCAGAGAGGGCAGACACUAUGGACAAUGGACAAGAGCAGGACAGCACACGGGAAGACCUCGAAUAUGUCAGCGAAGAACUGUCGGCGAUACUUCGAGCUGAGCUUCGUGGCAUGAGGUGGCCAGAGGACAUCUGA